AUGGCAUCGUUACAAGAGCAACGAUAUGGUGAAUUUGGAGGACUCAAUUCAUUCACAGAUCCUGUCGAAGCUGUUAGCUCCAUAAUUUCUUCUGGUGUUGCGAUCACAUCACCUAUUCUUACGUUCUAUUUCAAACGUCGCAUAUUGAAAGCGCUCAACUGUGCACAGCAGCGAUAUACGGAGAAAACUGCGCAGAGUUCGAAAAUGUUUUUGAAGGCUCUAGCUGUGCAAGCCAUGGUACCAAUCAUCUGCUUUCUGCCAAUAAACCUACUGUUCAUAUUAACCAUGGUUUUGAAAGUGGAGCUUGUUCUGUUUAAAUAUCUGAUUAGUGCACUCAUUGCAUUGCCAUGUAUACUUGAUCCUCUGUGUACG